AUGGCCAUCUUCAGUGGUUGGAUUUUCCUCUUGCUUGAGAUGUUUCUUGAGGUUUCAGCGUCUUAUAGUGUGAGUGGUCUUUACCGAGGGGUCUGGUACCAGCCGGUAGAGCACUACGCCCUGCUAGGCCAUUCCUUCAUGAAUAUCUCAGGCAUCUCUGCCGUCAGAUGUUCAGUUCGGUGUCUCAGCCAUCAUGAAUGUUUUUCUUUCAACUACGAUAACAUCAAUCAACUCUGUCAGAUGAACAACGCCAGUGCUGAGCACGUCUGUGACAACUUUCAAGGAAUGCCGUAUGUUUCGUAUUACGACGCAACCGCAAAACCAAUCACCUGCAAGAGUAUUAUUUCUGGCAAUGCAAAGUGCGCUCCUGUGAAGGUCUCUGUGGGUUUUGAGAAACUCGGUCUUGAAGAUGGUUCGAUCCCCGAUGAGAGCCUCUCCGCAUCAAACAGCUGGGAUAGCAAGGAGGUCAGCACACCGGCUGGUGGCCGUCUCAACAAGAUAGCACCUGACGGUACUACCAUGGGAGCAUGGUGUCCUAUGGUAGAGGACACCAACCAGUGGAUACAGGUGGAUUUAGGCAACCCGACCUACGUCACUGGGGUACUCACACAAGGGCGUAACGGUGGAGCUGUCCCGGAAACUGCCCAGUGGGUGACAAAGUACAAGGUGCAGUUCGAACCGCCCUCACCGGCAGGUCUUGUUGAUGUGAAGGACCAACUUGGUCAAACUCAGAUAUUCAAUGGCAACACCGACAGAAACAGCAUCGUGGAGAGGCGCUUCUUCAAGCCCGUCUUGGCGGUCAAGAUUCGCAUCGUGCCCGUUGAGUGGGUGUGGUUCAUCGCGCUGCGUUUUGAGCUGCUUGGCUCGUCUUAUAGUGUGAGUGGUCUUUACCGAGGGGUUUGGUGCCAGCCGGUAGAGCACUACGCCCUACUAGGCCAGUCCUUCAUGAAUAUCUCAGGCAUCUCUGCCAUCAGAUGUUCAGUUCGGUGUCUCAGCCAUCAUGGAUGUUUUUCUUUCAACUACGAUCACAUCAAUCAAGUCUGUCAGAUGAACAACGCCAGUGCUGAGCACGUCUGUGACAACUUUCAAGGAAUGCCGUAUGUUUCGUAUUACGACGCAACCGCAAAACCAAUCACCUGCAAGAGUAUUAUUUCUGGCAAUGAAAAGUGCGCUCCUGUGAAGGUCUCUGUGGGUUUUGAGAAACUCGGUGUUGAAGACGGUUCGAUCCCCGAUGAGAGCCUCUCCGCAUCAAACAGCUGGGAUAGCAAGGAGCUCAGCACACCGGCUGGUGGCCGUCUCAACAAGAUAGCACCUGACGGUACUACCAUGGGAGCAUGGUGUCCUAUGGUAGAGGACACCAACCAGUGGAUACAGGUGGAUUUAGGCAACCCGACCUACGUCACUGGGGUACUCACACAAGGGCGUAACGGUGGAGCUGUCCCGGAAACUGCCCAGUGGGUGACAAAGUACAAGGUGCAGUUCGAACCGCCCUCACCGGCAGGUCUUGUUGAUGUGAAGGACCAACUUGGUCAAACUCAGAUAUUCAAUGGCAACACCGACAGAAACAGCAUCGUGGAGAGGCGCUUCUUCAAGCCCGUCUUGGCGGUCAAGAUUCGCAUCGUGCCCGUUGAGUGGGUGUGGUUCAUCGCCCUGCGUUUUGAGCUGCUUGGCUCGUCUUAUAGUGUGAGUGGUCUUUACCGAGGGGUUUGGUGCCAGCCGGUAGAGCACUACGCCCUACUAGGCCAGUCCUUCAUGAAUAUCUCAGGCAUCUCUGCCAUCAGAUGUUCAGUUCGGUGUCUCAGCCAUCAUGGAUGUUUUUCUUUCAACUACGAUCACAUCAAUCAAGUCUGUCAGAUGAACAACGCCAGUGCUGAGCACGUCUGUGACAACUUUCAAGGAAUGCCGUAUGUUUCGUAUUACGACGCAACCGCAAAACCAAUCACCUGCAAGAGUAUUAUUUCUGGCAAUGAAAAGUGCGCUCCUGUGAAGGUCUCUGUGGGUUUUGAGAAACUCGGUGUUGAAGACGGUUCGAUCCCCGAUGAGAGCCUCUCCGCAUCAAACAGCUGGGAUAGCAAGGAGGUCAGCACACCGGCUGGUGGCCGUCUCAACAAGAUAGCACCUGACGGUACUACCAUGGGAGCAUGGUGUCCUAUGGUAGAGGACACCAACCAGUGGAUACAGGUGGAUUUAGGCAACCCGACCUACGUCACUGGGGUACUCACACAAGGGCGUAACGGUGGAGCUGUCCCGGAAACUGCCCAGUGGGUGACAAAGUAC